AUGGGAUCGAUUAGCCAAAACUCCACGGUCCUGCGUUUGCUCGACUCCAUCUAUGCACGGGAUCCUGACGCAUUGUAUUGCCUUCACCCUGCCUCCGCUGAAGUCGCCGAUGGAUGGGUCGAUAUCAGCAUUGCUGACGUGGUGAGCGCGACUAACCGGCUCGCGCUUUGGAUCCAUGAAAAUGUGGCUUCGGCGGAUGAACCGCAGGCUUUAGCGUAUAUGGGUGCGAACGACAUUCGAUAUUGUGCGUUUGUCUUUGCGUGCAUGAGAUUGCGCCAUACGGUUGUCUUCCUCUCGUCGAGAAACUCGGAGCCGGCGUCAAGCCAUGUCCUCAAUGCCGUGAAUUGUUCUAAGUUUGUUUACACGCCUGAACGAAGUCGACAGGUCGAUGAGAUCAAGGCGGUCAACCCAUCGUUGCAAUCGUGGCUGGCACCAGAUCUUUGGGAUGUAUUCGAUCGUCAAGCGACUGCUCCUGUGCCUACCAUCAAAGAGCCUGCAGAGGACCCGGAAGACCGAGUGGCGGUCUACAUUCAUAGUUCUGGAACUACUGGUAUGCCCAAGCCAGUCCCCAUGACGAAUGGCUACUUCAUCGCCCUGCAAAAGAUAUGCGAACUACCAACGCCCGAGAAUCGGAUCGGGAGCAUCGUUGCAGUCGCAGGAAAGGGCAAGCGAGUCCUUUCCGUAAGCCCAUUCUUCCAUCUUAUGGGGAUGCUCAACAUGAUGAUCCCAAUUCUGGCAGAUACGCCAUUCGUGUUGACUCACGAAAAGCCCUUGACGGUUGAUCUCCUGGCCCAAGUCGUGAAACAUGGCCAGCCCAAGACUGCUAACUUGGCACCGUCGAUGCUUGAAGAGCUCUCUACCUCUGAGCUUGGCAUGGAAUGCUUGAAGACAUUUGACAUGCUUACCUUUGGUGGUGCACCCAUGGCUCGGGAAGCUGGUGACCGUAUUGCCGAGGUCGUCCAUCUUCAAUCCGUGCUUGGAUCUAGCGAGUGUGCUAUCUUCGGUGCUCUGAAGUAUCAAGACAAGGAUGAGUGGCCGUAUCUUGAAUUCAACCCCUUUGCUGGGUAUGAAAUGCGCGAUGCGGGUGAUGGAUACUACGAGCUUGUAGUGCCACGAGGUGAAAAUGGAAGCGCGCUGCACGCCGUGUUCCACACUUAUCCAGACAAGGAGGAAUAUCAAACUGGGGACCUCUUCACUCCUCACCCAGAGAAGGAAGGCCUCUGGCUCUAUGCCGGUCGGCGUGACGACGUGAUUGUUUUGAGCAACGGUGAAAAGUUCAACCCAAUUAAUAUGGAGGAGGUUAUCUCUGGUCAUCCCCUCGUUGCUCGAGCAGUCGUUGUCGGUCAAGGCCGGUUCCAAUCGGGAGUUCUGAUUGAGCCCGACUGGGAGUCAUGGAAUGGAAAACCCAGUGCCCUAAUUGAAGAGAUCUGGCUGUGCGUAAAGAAAGCGAAUGAAGCGGCCCCUGGCCAUGCUCAGAUAAUGAAGGACCGUGUCGGGGUUGCCUUGCAAUCUAAGCCGUUCCAGUUGACGGCUAAAGGCACCAUCAAGCGACGAAUGAUUGUCAAUGACUAUGCAGAUGAGAUCGAUGCCUUGUAUGCCGAAGCCGAUCAGCUUGAUGUCGCCCAGAUCCCCAAAGAUGCUAGCCGGUCGGACAUUUCUACCUAUGUCGCAUCAGCUCUGUGUGAUAUCUUGGAGGUGAAAGACUUUGAUGAAAAUGCAGACAUUUUUGCAUCCGGUCUUGAUUCCCUCCAGACCCUGCGCUUGGGCCAGAUCCUGCAAGCUUCUUUGCAAUCUGCUCGUCCAGACCUGGGGGCCGCAUUCACCAGCCCACAACUAUAUUCGUUGCCAACAAUUUCUCAACUCACCGAGUAUAUCCAUAACAUUCUCCAAGGACAGGAUACUGCCCCUGCCACCGCGGUGGUUGAAACCGAGAGCGACCGAGAAACAAGAAUCGCCGACCUAGUCAGCAAAUAUUCCGAGGGCUUCGGUCAGAAUCAUGCUGUCAUUCUCACUGGUUCAACGGGUUCUCUAGGAUCCUACUUGUUAUCCGAGCUUAUCCGCGACUUCAGCGUUACCAAAAUCUACUGCCUCAAUCGAUCAGAAGAUGCUGCCCCAAGACAGCUUCAGAGUCUCCGCGAAAAGGGACUCACUACGCUUAACCAUUUCCCUCGGCGAGUCGAGUUCCUCCAGGCUCAGUUUGGUGCUGAGAAGCUAGGGCUUGAUGAAGCCAAGUAUGACGAGAUGUUGCAGGAGGUUGACACUAUCAUUCACAAUGCCUGGAAGGUGAACUUUAACCACCGAGUGGAAGCCUUUGAGAACCCACAUAUCGAGGGUGUGCGCCGUUUGGUGGAGUUUAGCGUUGCCAGCGAGAAGACAGCUCAUAUUCAUUUCAUUUCGUCCAUCUCCACUAUUGAAGGGUACAACAAGGGACCUUCCAUCCCGGAGGUAAUCUUCGACGACCCUAGUUCUGUGCUCCGUCAAGGGUACGGCGAGUCGAAGCACGUCUCUGAGAGAAUCUGUGCUAUGGCAUCGGCCAAAUGUGGUGUCCCGACAAGCAUCCACCGCGUGGGCCAAAUUGGAGGUCCAACCACCGAGCUGGGAAUGUGGAAUAAGCAGGAAUGGUUGCCGUCCCUAGUUGCAGCUUCCAAGACUAUCAAACAGAUUCCAAACUCACUGGGUUCGGUAUCGGUGCAAUGGGUUCCAGUGGAUGUCUGCGCCAAAGUGAUCACCGAUAUCGUUCGCACCCGACGCUCCACGCAGGAGGAUGAGCCAUGUGCGGCGUUCCAUAUUGUCAACCCCAAGGUCGCUGGUUGGCAAUCGCUCAUCCCGGCUGUGACAAAGUAUUUCGAUGUCGAGCCUGUUGAUAUUCAGACUUGGAUCGCAACGCUGGAGAGUUUCACCAACCCCACGGAAGAUGAUCUGCGUGACAAGCCUGCUCUCAAGAUCUUGGACUUUUUCAAGGCGAUCGCGUACUCCGAUGAGGCAGGGCCAUCGACAGAGACGACCAAAACACAGGCUGCCAGCAAGACCUUGCGACGAUUGCAGGCGAUUGAUGCACCAUUGAUGGAGAGGUGGAUCAACCAAUGGAAGUUCUGA